AUGCUAGUGGUGAGAAAAAGUGCUCUUUUACUAUCCGACCAACAGAGAGCUCAGCCUCUGGAUCAGACAGAUGUGAGCGAUCAGACAGUUUUGUGUGGCUGUGGUCACCUUGAAGCAGCUGGUGCUGGGAAGCAGCUUUGCUUGCAUCCCGGCUUGGUCACCGAGGCAGCUCUGAGCUGGUGGUCCUUCCCUUUCCCGAAGCAGGGCAGUGCUUUGCUGCUGGGAAUGACAGCUACUGAGGGUGUGGGGGCGGCGGGAAACUUCCCCCUGGGGCGGAGCCGGAGACAGAGCACCUUUGAUGUGGAUCUAUUUAAACAGCAGAACCUCUGUGGGAUACCACCCCACACAGGAAGACUAUCUCACCAUCUCAUCUGGAAUGACGUGAGGCGCCAGCAGCCUUUUUAUUCUAAUUAUUCCGCAAACAAUAGUGAAUGUCUACCAGGUCCCAGGCACUGCCUUCCACACUCAGGCUUCACAGAGAGAGAAGCUCCACUCUUCAGAAGCUCCCUAUUUGUAGAGAAGCCAGCAGCCUCCCCGCAUUAUUUGGGAACAAUGUGGGCCUGGAUACUGUGGACGCUCCCUCUACUCUGCAAAUUUGGCCUGGCAGACCUGCCAACUAAGCCUGAGAACAUUUCUUGCGUCUUCUACUAUAAAAAUUUUACUUGCACCUGGAGUCCAGAGAAAGAAGCUAAUUUUAUAUCAUACACAGUCAGGAGAACUUCGUGUUAUUUACAUGAAAAUGAUACUUGUAAUUCUACAAGUGAAAAUGGUUCUUCAUGCUCUUUUUAUUCAAGAUUAACACCACCAGAUAUUUACAUUAUUCAAGUGGAGGCUCAAAAUGCAUACGGUAUAAUUAAAUCUGAUAUAACAUAUUGGGACUUAAAUACCAUAACUAAAAUCGAGCCUCCUAAGAUUUCCAGUGUAAAACCAGUUUUGGGCCUCAAAAAAAUGGUUCAAAUAAAAUGGACACAGCCUGUGUUGGCACCUAAGUCAUCUACUUUAAAUUAUACACUUCGAUUCAGAGCAGUAAAUAGUACCCACUGGAUGGAAGUCAACUUCACCAAAUGCUGUGUGAAUGAAGAAGAAGCAUAUAACCUCACAGGGCUGCAGGCUUUUACAGAGUACGUUGUGGCUCUGCAAUGUGUGGCUCACAAGUCAAGGUUCUGGAGUGGCUGGAGUCAAGAAAAAAUGGGAAUAACUAUGGAAGAAGCUCCACAUGGCCUGGAUCUAUGGAGAGUCCUGAGAUCAGACAAAGUGGAUGGAAAAAGGACAGUGCAGUUGUUGUGGAAGAAGGCAAAAGGAACCCCAGUCCUGGAGAAAGUACUUGGUUACAACAUAUGGUAUUUUCCAGAAAAUAAUACUAACCUCACAGAGACAUUGAACACUACUAACCAGCAGCCUGAACUGUACCUGGGAAACCAGACCUACUGGGUACAUGUGAUUUCUUAUAAUUCUCUUGGGAAAUCUCCAGAGGCCACCUUGAGGAUUCCAGCUAUUGAUGAAAAGUUGUUCCAGUGCAUUGAGGCCAUGCACACCUGCCUCACUCAGGACCAGCUGGUGGUGGAGUGGCAAAGCUCUGCUCUGGAGGUCAAUACAUGGAUGGUGGAGUGGGUCCCAGACUUGGACUCAAAGCCCUUGGCCAUUUCCUGGGAGUCUGUGUCUCAUACCAGGAACUGGACAAUCCAGCAAGAUGAACUGAAACCUUUCUGGUGCUAUAAUAUCUCUGUGUAUCCAAUGUUGCAAAACCGAGUGGGCGAGCCAUUUUCCAUCCAGGCUUAUGUCAAAGAAGGUGUUCCAUCAGCAGGUCCCAUGACGAAGGUGGAAAACAUUGGUGUGAGGACAGUCACAAUUACAUGGAAGGAGAUUCCCAAGCAUCAGAGAAAUGGUUUCAUCAACAAUUACACCAUAUUUUACCAAGCUGAAGAUGGAAAGGAAUUCUCCAAGACAGUCAACUCCAGCAUCCUGAAGUAUGACCUGGAGUCCCUGACACGAAAGACCUCUUACACUGUUCGGGUCAUGGCCAGCACCAGAGCUGGGGGAGCUAAUGGCCCCGGGAUAAGCUUCAAGACAUUGUCAAUUAGUGUCUUUGAGAUUUUUCUUGUAACUUCUCUGGUUGGAGGGGGCCUUCUUAUUCUCAUCCUCCUGACGGUGGCAUAUGGCAUCAAAAAACCCAACAAACUGAAGCACCUAUGUUGGCCUGAUGUUCCCAACCCUGCUGAAAGCAGUAUAGCCAUGUGGUGUGGGGAUGAUUUCAAGGGAAAGCUAAAUCUGAAGAAGUUUGACAACUCUGUGAACAGAGAAGAAGACAGGAUUCUAAAACCAUGUUCUUCACCCAAUGGCCUUAUUGACAAGUUGGUGGUGAACUAUGAGAAUUUUUUGGAAGUGGUUUCCGCUGAGCAUCCUGGGAAGGGUUGGAAAAAUAUCUUGGGAGGGGAAAAGAAUGAGUACGUGACCUCCCCAAACAGGCCUUAUUGUCCUACUGUUUCAACCGAGAUUCCACCCAGAGGGUCCCAGUGCCUGUGUCCUGGGGUGCUAGAGGAGACCUGCUCAGAAGCCAGAGGGCAGCUUCUCCCUCCCGCCCAAGGCUUUGGGCCAGACCAUCUCUGUGAGGAAGGAGCAUCAAACCCAUACUUGAAAAAUUCAGUGACAACCAGAGAAUUUCUUGUGUCUGAAAAACUUGCAGAGCAAAUCCAAAGAGAAGUCUAAGUGCUGCUGUGACUUGAAU